UAUGAAUAUUGGAUUGGGUCAAAAGAAAAGAGACUGUCAACACUUUAUACAGAAUGGAAGUGAAAGCUUGUGAUCAGCAGUAUGCUUGGGAGUUUGUUGAUCCUCCACCUCAAGAUUAUUACUGUCCAUUAUGUGAGAAAAUUCUGAAAGAGCCUAAGUUAACUGAUUGUUGUGGCAGCCAUUUUUGCACAGCCUGUAUUAAUCCCAUUAUAACAGCCCAGAAACCUUGUCCGAAUCCCGAAUGUAGAAAAGAACAGUUUCAAUCGAUGAUAGAUAAACGAACAAUGAAUAGAAUUUUAGAGCUCGAUGUGUUAUGUCCAUUGAAAGGAAGGGGAUGUCAUUGGAAAGGGGAGAUGGGUAUGAGAGAUAAGCACUUGGAUCCAAAGAACGAAAACAGCUGCGAAUACAUCGAUGUGAAGUGUACCCAUGGUUGUGGAGAAGACAUGGAGAAGUACGAGUUAGCAGAGCACUUGAAUCGAUUCUGCCCCAAGCGUCCCCACAAAUGUGAACAUUGUGAUUUCGAAGAUGUUUUUGACCGUAUUGUCAAAGACCAUCAUCCAGUGUGUCCCAAGUAUCCUCUACCCUGCCAUAACAACUGUGGCAAUGAAGAGAUUCCGAGAUCUGAUUAUGAACAACAUCUGUCCGAAUGUCCUCAUCAAGAUAUUGAAUGUGAAUUUCGAUAUGCCGGGUGUGUGGAAAGAAUUAAACGAAAAGACAUUGCACAACAUCAGCAAGAGGGCGUAUAUGUUCACCUCAGUCUACAAACUGCCUUUGCAACUCAGCAACUCACUGAAAGAGACAGAAAAAUAGAAGAGAUGUCUACUACAUGGGAAAACAAGCACCAGCACCUCACUGGAGACAUUGAGAAGCUCUUCCAUAGAUGUGAGGAAGAAUCAAAGGAACGAGAAGAGAAUUCCAAAAGAUUGAAAGUGGAGCUAGCACAAAAAGAUGAAGCAAUUGAACGGCUCAGUGCACAAUUACAUGAGAAAGAGAAGGUGAUCGAAGAAAUGCAGGUUCGAUUUUCAAAAUUUCAAGAAGACACCGAUGCAAAAGUUGAGCAGUUUGUCGCAAAGGAGAUUAUUGAGGUGAACAUUAAGCGACAAGCAAUAGAAGUUGAGGCCAAACUUUUAGAAUCUCAAGAAGACUCACAAAAGAAAGUCUCCAAACAAAUUGAGAGAUCUGUAGAAGUUGCCAAAGAUAUCAAGCACACAGUGAGGAAACAAAUAAAGGAAGUUUCUGAUACAAGCAAUACUAGAGCUGAUAAAUUGAACAAACAACUUCAGGAAUUGGACGAAAAAAUCAAAGCAGUAGAACAGUCACUGACAGUCUCCAGAUCAACAGUAAAACAAAAUUCUGCUACGUCAAUCAACAAUACCAAAAUAGCCAAUUCUGUUGCACCAGCUAAGGAAACCAUUGGUGUCUCUGUUCUUGCGGCUACUGCGAUGUCUUUGACAACCGUUCCUCAGAGUGUGUAUGACAUUAUGAGUCCUGAUGCCUUGGCCCUUCUUGAAAAGCUACCCAUAGGCCAAAUCGAGGGUGUCUACUACAACCCCAAGGCUGGGAAGGUUUUCAUUGAAAAGGAGAGUGCUGAGAAAGAAGACGAGAGAAUCACGAAGUUCCAAACUGCAUACCAGUCCAUUUUGAGUAGAAAAGUGAAGACUAUUGAAGUACCAAUCCCUGCAACGAUGUCUCCCGAUGCUCUGGCUAAUCUCGUUCAUCAGUAUAACCAGACCUACGACCUAUGUGUAUUUUCAGUACAAGAAGGGGAAUUUCCCUGCGUGAAGAUUGUCUCAACCUCUUCUCGACAACAUGAUCAAGCCAGAACUCUCUUAGCCAAUGAACUUGUCGAAAUAGUUAGCCCUAUUCUACCUGCUGUGAGCAAGUGUGAAGUCAUCCAUCUUUCUAAGACUCAAACACUCACACUGAAGAAGGCAAACAUUGUGGAGGAAGAAGUUGACAUUAUUGUGAAUCCAGCAAACGAAAGGUUGGCUCACGGAGGUGGUGUUGCAGCUGCAUUGAAUAAAGCUAGCAAAGGGCAACUGCAAAAGUUGUCGAAACGUCACGUUGAAAAUAAAGGCACAGUAACUGUUGGGAAGAUUGCAAUCACAUCCGGAGGGGGGGCAUUGAAGUGUGACAAAGUGAUUCAUGCUGUUGGGCCUGACACAGGAUAUGGUGAAGCUGAAUGUGAGCGUCUUUUGACCAAAGUCAUCACUGAGGCUUUGAAGGGUGCAGAAAAAUACAACGCUAAUUCAAUAGCAUUCCCAGCCAUCAGUACUGGGAUCUUUGGAGUGAGGAAAGAGCUUGUUGCACGCUGUCUUGUUGACACUGUUAUGGCAUACCAUUUCACGAAGCCCCACCCUGUUCUCUCUGACAUUCGAAUUGUCAUUAUUGAUGAGAAGACAUAUGCACCGUUUGCACGAUAUUUUCAACAGAAGAUGGCUGCCCUAGAGAUUAGCAAAAUUCCCAGCCCUUUGAUACAGCCAACUAAAUUUAAGGCACCAGCAUCCACUCCCACUUCUCCGCCUCCUGUAGCUGACAAAGAGACCCAGCUGGCAGCUCCAGAACCAGCUGCACCUCCAGAUAUGACACUGGGCUUGUUGAAAGAUUCUUCCACAAUUGUGUCGCUCCUGGAGGGCCUGGCUGACAACUGGCAUGCUCUUGGAAGUUUGCUAGGGCUCUCAAAACCUGACUUGGACCGAAUCAGCUCCGUACCAGCUGCUUCAAAGGUUUACUUGAACAGGAUUGUUACCAAGUGGCUAAUGAGAGAUGCUACCUCUUCACCUACAGUUUCAGCACUUGUGAAUGCGUUGUCUGGAAUUGAAGGAACAGAACAAAUUGUUCAGAGUAUUCUAAAAGAGUACGGAGAGCAGAAUGCCAAGCAGUUUAAACAUCAGACCAGCCAAGAGGAAGCACCAGAUGUAUCUACCAUCAAGUAUCCAGGACCUAAUGAUAUUCCAGAAAUCACAGCUGAGACGUCGAAUGUUUCGUCCGGGACUGGACCAACAGAUAGUCUCACCACUACCACAGCCAGCACCACCCCGAAUACUGGUGCCCCCACCUCAUCCUUUACAGACAACACAACAGACCAACUGCCCCCUUCAAGUAGUGCAUCAAGGGUUGGCUACCGACGAGGAGCCCGUGCAAGGAUGGGUGCUUUUCUAGCUGGCAAAAAGCAUUGAGACUCCAUAGGUUCAGUAGUGGGAACUUUUUCUUAGUGACUCGAUCAAUAUUCUUUUUGUAUAGGUGUGUAGCUAUAUGCCCGAGCUAGUGUUUUAGUGUUGUUUUUGAUCAUCAAUUUAUUGUAUAGAAUCUAUAGUGGUUAUGCUUACAAUGUGUCAUUGUCAUUUGCAUCAUUCAUUUUAUGGGGAAGUCAGUACAGACAAUUUUAGUUUGAUAUAUAUAUGAUAUCCUGUUUAUUCUUGAUGACCGAUGGCCAUAAUUGUAAUUAUACUUGUCAAUCGUAAUGGCUGCUAAUGGCACUGCUGUUCUGGUGUAUAUUCUGAUCUAUAUUGGAGAGUUCUGCAGAUCUUCAGGAAUCUCCAUUACACUGGUGGUUGCUAUCAUCACGACUGUGUGUGUCCUGGUCUUGAUUGCACUAGUGGUUACAUGUGUGAUAACGUGGAAGAUGAAGACAGACAACCUCGUGUCUAUGCUAAAAAGAGGUACUAACUCGAGACCGGAAAAUCAGCCAUGCAACAAAGACACCAACGUUAGGAAAUCCUCUGAGCUCAAGAAUAAAAAGAAGUGGAGCAGAAGCACAACCUGUCUCAAUAACAACACUAACAACACUAACAUAGAGAAAGGAAUAACUAAGAGCACUAGUUGCUCUGCUUUGAACCUCCCACUACCGUCCGAGCCAAAUACGAACAAGAAGGGAAACAAAAAAUGUGAUAACUCCGUCUCGAUUUACGACGAUGACUUCCAAGCGAGUAUCAUGCUCAGAGAAAAUACUGCCUACCAGUCGAGAGGUCCGAAUGAGCUAGCCAACGUGUCUGUGUCAGCCAUGGUGGAUAAGAUAAUGACGGGGCCCGGGGACAGUCACGAAUACGAACAGUUAGACACAGUAAGCAAACAACUUUCUAAACCCUAAGUUUUGACAAGGGACUUGACGAUUGAACAAUAUAGUUUAGCGUUAGUACGUAUACUCUAUACACACCAUAGUUUACAAUAACUAUACUUUUAUCUCAAUGCAUGUCACUGUAUACGUAAAUAAAUUCACUGUUCCCAAAUUUAUUUUAUACAGCACCUGAUAUAUAGAAUUUGUUAAAUAA